GUUAAUUACGACUGUUGGCAGUGCCCUGAGGAGUUAUUGAGCGUUCAUUGGAAUGGGAGGGGUACAUUGUUGGCUGCUGUAUGUAAAGUGAAUCGUUUUUUUAUUCUGACAUAUCAAGGCAAUGUUGUCUACGACGUACAGGUGCCAUUGCCCAUGGCUGGUGGCAUCACGGCAUUCACGUGGGCGCACGGCGAUCGUAUCGUUCUUGCAACAUCCGGUAAGCGACUGGCCAUUGGACGGGUUGUGCCGGAUGUUCCAACGCUUUCCGUUCUGGUCACUUACAGUGUGUGGCAGUUCAUGAACAAGUCCGGGCGCCUGGUUGAUAUGCUUCCAGUGCCGUCACGCGAAAAAAGUGUCAUCCGACAGCUAGAUCAUCACUUAAUUAGAUGUCGUGUGCCGUCCGAGGAUGAACUGCUGGAAAAAGUCUAUGAGCCGACCGAAUGGCGAUGGUACUGUACAAUCCGUCCGGUGCCACGUAGACCGAAUACCUACGUUUUAUGUAUGGAGCAUAUGGCCGGUUUGGUUCCACUUCUCAUAGGCAAACAGACAAAUAGACUUAUUCCGCAAUUUCAAGUUUCGUUGUACAACUCGGCUUCGUUGCUGGAAACGUCGGAUAAUGGAAACUCUGCUCAAGUUGAAGAUGUAGGUGCAUUUGCUCGACCUUCAACUCAACGUAAUUCUGUCUGGCGACGGAGUAAGCGUCAGUUGCGAGCCAUGAUGAGCCGCCAUAUGAAGCGCCCGUUGAGCAGAACCAACGAAAAAUUAGUUCAGGUUUCUUCGAACGUUUGGUGUACCCGAUUCAAAAUGACUUCUCUGAUCAUAAAUUUUCAUCCAAAUCUGCUCGCUCAGGUUUUCUACAAAACAUCAGUUCUUCACCUGCAGCCACGCCAGAUGAAGGUACGAUUGGCAGUUUUAGCCACACCUGGUGCAAGUGGUCUGCGUGAAUCAGCAAAAUGCAAUGCUCAGAAAGCCGGCUUCCAGCUGAGCAACAGUAACACAUGCUCCAACCGAAGUAGCAUCCGAAGCGGGGUCGCCAUCGCCCCUAGCGAUAGAGACAAUCUGAUCCGGACACAUAACACAGCAAAUGAUGAGGAACCGCUGAUCGAUGAAAUCGCUGAAGAACCAUUAUCAGCGGAAGAGAAACUUCUAUUUCAGAGUGUUGUGUCGGAAUUCAAUGAUCUAAAAACAGCGGUGGAGCGGCAUAUUGCGCGUAUGAAAUAUUUCGCUAGUGAUCUCGAGAAAUCCUCACAGAAGCUGGAACCGUUCGGUACCACCACCACCAGCAGCAGCAGUGUAUUACGCGGCUUGCCUCCCCGAAUAUCGACGAAUUCCCAGGAUGAAUGUGUAGUUAAUGCGAAGAUACGGCACAGGCAUGAAGUGGCUGGCACUGGACAAUCCACAUCAAACGCCGGAUGGCCUGAGCAGUUUGAUGACAUCGAGGGCACACGGUUCCCCUAUGCUACCGUUGAUGAUCAUUUCUUUGUACCGUACAUCAUUUCCAAAUUUUGCUUCAAAGUUUUCUUCUUGCAGUACAUCGAUGAGGAUGAUGCGGUAGUCAUGCGCAACAGCAGUGAACGCACACCUCUAAUCGAUUACAUUAAAACAGCUGAACCCUCACGCAAAGGUCUGAGGCAAUUGAACGACAUCACCUCAGUGCUGGAUAAACUGGCAAAGAUGGCGAACGAUUUGACGUCUGCUCGCUGUGUUGUGCGACAGUUGAGUGACGAGACAGCGACAACCAGUCGAGAUUCAGAGGAAUUUCAUGCAACCGUAUUAUCAUUACGAUCGCAACUGAAGGACAUUGCAAGGAAAGUUUCGCAAAUUGAAAAGAAAAUUAGUUAUGGUAAGUGCCGAUACGCGCUGGAAACGACAUUUUCAUUUAGCAUUUUACCGGUAACAAGCAUCGCUAUCACUGGAGAUGAGCUGCUGGAUGAGGUCUGCGGAGAUUUGCAGCGCCGUAUACAGCACAUUAAAGCAGUGCUUGGCGAGCAACCACCAGUCGAUGAAUCACGAUAUUGUGUUCCACGUUUCUUAAUGUAUAAUAAGGCACCAUUUUGGAAUGAGGCAAGCCAGGUUUAUCAGCUGGAUUUUGGUGGUCGAGUAACGCAGGAAUCGGCGAAGAAUUUUCAGAUCGAGCUUAACGGUAAACAGGUGAUGCAGUUUGGACGUAUUGAGAAUGGUGCCUAUACACUGGACUUCCGUUACCCAUUCACCGCUGUACAGGCAUUUGCUGUGGCUCUGGCAUCCAUUACGCAACGCUUAAAGUAG